AUGCUCCAAGAAGACUUCGACGAGAUCUGCUCAGGCUUUUGGAUGGAUGUGGCAGGCUCUGCAUUCUUCUUCUUGCUCACAAUUGGGGGCAUCUUAUACGCGGAGCUGGGCAAGAUGGCUUCCAAGGUGACCUUCCGCGAGAACCUGUUGGUGGUUCAGUCCUGGAAUGGCAAGCUCUUUGAGUGCAGCUUUAUUGCUGAUGUCACUGCUGCCAAAGCCACGGCUUUCGGCCUUGAGAUCACCAGCAAAGCCAGGGUCCGAACCGAAGUAUCCAAAGGUGGAGGGGGAGGCCUCAUCGGGUUUUGUGACGUCUUUGGGUUCUGCAAAGAGAAGGAGGAGAGAGUUCUCUGCGUCCAGGGCAACGCUGCAAUCUCCGUGCUAGCGGGUAGUGGGGACGAGAAGCGCGCUUUCCUCCAGGAGUUUGCGAAGCGCCUGCCCGUGAGCAUCCAGGGCUUCGAUGGUGUGGCUGAGGUUGAAGCCCCGAGUCCCUCUCCACCCUCCGCGGGUCCUUCCAGCCUUCUAGAGGGCCGCCUGGGAGGCAUACUGGCAGCGCGCCGAGGGCAAGCAGGUGAGCUUAAGACUGCUCGCAAGCCCAUUUCAUGUGACCUUUACACAGAGGCCCUCUUCAUUGUGGGGAUGGUUGCUAUUUGCUGCUACUGCUUCAUGGUCCUGAUGAACCUUUUUGCGUGGGGGAUGGCCACAGGCAGGGGCAAGUGCACACAUGAGAUGAAGCCUAACCUGGACUUGUGUGACUUCGUCAACGUGUUCUCGCCGGUUGAGUUUCCCCUGGUCACAGUUGACGACUUUGUCAACAUGGGCGGCCUUGUCUUGGCCUGCAUUGCCUACCCCAUUUGGGUCUUCAUGAACAUGCCCUUCGAGUACAGGUUCCAUGAAAAAGAGGUGGUUGAGGAGGUCCUCUUUGCCGGGUGGCAGUCCCAAGCAAGCACCAUGGUGGUCCAAACGGACAUAGAUACCCUGGAGUUGGUGUGGGGAACAUUCGAGAAGUAUGUCUGGGUGGAGACCAACGCGAUCUACACAGUCAAGCAGGGGGUCACCAAGCCCUUUGAAGUCACGGCUAGGUUCGCGCCGGGGCUGGAGAUGAAGAUUGGCCUCGUCGAUAGCGGAUGUGCUUCUUGCAGUGGCCAUGGGAAGAAGUCCAUACGCUACAAGGAUUCGAUCAUGAGUGCCCUCAAUGAGACUAAGCCUGGCCUCUUGCAGUCACCUGAGGCUGAGGAGGCUGAAGCGUGA